GAGCCGUUUCUGCUGGAUUGGUUUGGUGCGGCAAAGCAAAAGCAACCUGUGGGUAGCCCCCGGUAUUCUGGAAAACCAGCUCUCGCCGCCACCGUUGCAGCCGGCCUCCCUCCGCUAUAUCUGAGCAUCUGCAUCUGAGCAUCACACAAUCUCACUCACAUGGUAGUCACACCACCACAGCGAUCGCUAACCGAGCUCUCUCUAGCUCAUCAGGUCGUGCAAAAGCUCCGAGAAGAAGAAGAAGGACAUGGCGGCUGCAGCCAAGGCGUCGUGGAUGGUGGCGAUGAGCGUGGGCGCGGUGGAGGCCCUGAAGGACCAGGCGGGCCUCUGCCGCUGGAACUACGCGCUGCGAUCCAUCCCCCGUACGGCCAAGGCCAACGCUCCCAGCUUCGCACAGGCGAAGAAGCUGGCUCCGGCGGCGGUGGCGGAGAGGAGGCGAGCGGACAAGGCCGAGGAGGGGAUGAGGACGGUCAUGUACCUCAGCUGCUGGGGACCUAACUAGUCUUCGCCGUCUGUCUGUUUCAGCCUUCUGCAACCGAGCUUUGGCUUGAGGCCGUGCAUGCCGGUUCAGUUGGCCUCUCUGAUUGUAAUAUAGUAUGAUGAUGAUGAAAAUUUCUGGCACUUCAUUCAAGGAAGUGAAUCUGCUGAAAUUCUAUCGUUGCGCUCCUUACAACUA